UCCAUUUUGGGCUCUUCAUAUUGCACAAAAUGUGACCCACAAAUGAGCAUGAACCCUGAAGCAAAACAUCUCAAAUGACUAGCUCAGUGGGAGGCUGCUCAUAAAACACUUCCACACAAUCGAACACACACACAUACACACACACACACACGCUGGCAGGCAUCUUGUCUCAAAUCUCUUGGAUCAAAUCAUUCUUGAAUGCUAAGCAGCACAGUCUGUUGUUUUGUUGUCCAUGUUGCUAAGCGACCAUCAGCAAGUCAAAGGCUGAAAGAAAAGACAAAUCCCGAAAGAGAACAAGACGUGGUGGAGGGCAGGAAAUUGUGAGUUUUUAAGAGCCAAUCUCUGGUGCUUCUGUGUGGACCAAGGGUGCAGUGUUUGUGAAGACGAAAUGUGGGACACGAGGUCUCUUGAGAAGAUGGUGAACAGGACAACUCUAAGCACACAGAGAGUGCUCCACACACACAUUCUGGAACUAGGAGAACAGUUAUGUCCAUGGUCAUCUCCAAAUGCUAGAACAGAUGACCACCUAAAAUUUGCCACAAACUUGGUCAAUUUACGGCCUGCGACUGGACGGGAGCAGCCUGACGCCCCUGCCAUGGAGGAAUUUAAGCAGUUGGCAGAGAAGGAGAAACGCGCUGCCCUUAGACUCCAAGAGGAGAGUCUGCAGGCCAGUUUUCAAGAGGCCCUGCGAGCAAGGGACAGGCUGGAGGCUGAAAUGAGGCGAGAGCUCCAGGUCGAGCUGCAGGCCCAGUUCAGAGCUCAUUGUGAAAGCCUGAGGGCUCAGAUGGAGGAAGAGAAGGUCCAGGCCGUAGGGGAGGCCUGCAGGAAGCUGCAAGAACAGCUGCACAAAGAAGCCGAGGAGACCAGAGAGAAAAUAAUACACACCGUACGAGAAGAGACACAGGAGUGUGUGAGGAGGUGUGUGCAGGAUGCCGAGAAAAGUAUUCGUGAGGAGUGUGACAUGAAGGCAGAAAGAGAGAAACGGGCCCUACAGGACAAACAUGAAGAGGAGAUAUCUGAGCUACAAAACAGGAUACAGCAGCUGCAGGACAGUCUGGAGCAGGCCUGCGGGGAGCGCAUUCAGUAUGAAGCAGAGUUUAAGAAGGUGCAGGCCAGCUACAGGCGGUUUGUGGACUUGACUGAUUCCUCCCUCCACUCUGAUUACCUCUUAAAGCUGCGCAGACUGGGGAGAGAGCCAGGUCUCAUGGACACUGCGACACAGACUGAUGAGAUCACCUCCUAAAUGUGAUCUUGUGAUGGCAGUGUUCUCACAUCACAGCGUCUGGGUAUUUGACACGAUAUUUCAAUAGCAGUCACAGCAGUGUCCUGCAGUAUAUGCUGUACUUAGUCUAAAAUCAUUUUAAGCAUUUGUCUAACAUGUUCUAGAAACUAUAGGAAUAUGUGUCAUUUGAAAAUAUAUUUGAUGCACUGCAGAAUUAUUUAAGUGAACUGCAAAAGCUUGAAAGUGGUUAGAAAUUAUGGAAAAAAUCACAAAUAUACUUUCCUUCAUACGUUUAUCUUCCUCAGUCCCAAGAUUGAGAACUAUACAACCUAUUUUUUAGUGAUGAAAUGUGCUGACAGUUACAUAAUAAAUAGAGGGGGGGGGAGGGGGAUGCAACAAUUAAUGUAUUUCCAGUAUAUAAAAAGUGUACUUUAUAAUGAUAUAUCAAAAUGUUAAUUUUUGCAGUUUUGUAAGAUGAAAGUGAGUACAGCAUAAUUUCUCUGUCUGCAUGUAAAACUAUGUUGAACUAAUAUUAUUAUCAGAUAAAAUUUGAUUAAAUAAUUCUGAAUAUUUAAUACUAUUGUAGUGUAGUGAUUGACACUACUGAUGAACGACAUAUUAAAUAUGUAAUA